AUGGUCAACUGGUGGCUCAUUGUUCUGCUCGUCAUCGUCGGGCUGAUGUGCGUGGGGCUCGGCGUCUACACCCUCAUCUACUUCCAGUCGGAGGAGGACGAGGGGGAGGCGUACACGGCCAAGGUGAUCGUCGUGGUCGGCAUGGUGAUGUCCAUCGGCGUCGUGCUGCUGCUGCCGCUCGAUGCCGCCAACGCCACGGACCCGACCGUCCCCACGAAGUACGCCAAUACUCUCAACACGCCGCUCAUGUGGCAGAUCGUGCUGUGGUUCUUGACCGCCAUGACUGUGGUGGUGGUGCCGUUCGUCAUGUUCUUCUAUGAGGCGUACGACCCGGACAAGAACAAGCCCGGGCGGCAGGUGGGGCAGGCGGUGUUCUACACCGUCGGCGUAUUCGGCGUCUUCGCUAUUAUAUGCGGUGUGUGCUACGCCAAGGUCGGUGUGUCGGUGGUGCCGAUGCGGAGCUAUGUGGCGUACCCACAGUUCGUGCAGAACGUGGAGGACGUGGCGUACAACGGCACCAGCGUCUCUGGCAAGCUGGAGAUCGGCGUCAGCUUCUUCACGUACUGCGUUGGCAUGCUCUGCUUCUUUGGCUGGAUUGCCUUCUUCUUCUACGGCGGCGUUGGGCUCGUGUCGUUCCCUAUUGACCUCAUACGCGGCUUCGUGAAGCGGCCAAAGGCGAUUAGCGGCGCCCGCUUCGCGCAGGAGAUGGCCGUCAUCGCUGCGAAGGGCGACGCGCUGCUCGAGCUCUCACUGGAGACGCAGAAGGCGAGCCGUGGCACCAUUUCCCGCUCGAUGCGUAGCAAGAUCAACAUCCUGCGCAACGAGACGCACAUCCUCGAGGCGCAGCAGGAGCAACUCAUAUGGGCCUACACGCAGGCAGGCGGCUCGCCGUUUAUUGUGUACGGCCGGCUGCUGAUCGGCAUCGUGUCGGUCCUCGUCAGCGUGGCGUGGGCGCUGCACAUAUUCCUCUACAACACCUUCGGCGCCACGCCGUUCCUCAAUACUCUUCUCACCGAGCUGGACAGCGCCUUCUCGCUCUUUGGCAUCAUCGCGUACGGCGCGCUGGUGUUUUACCUGAUGUGGAUCACCUUUGAGGGCCAGGUGCGCCUCGGUAUGCGGCUCGUGUUCUUCCAAAUCCACCCACUGAAGCCGCACGACACGACACUCAACUCACUGCUCUUCAACAUCGCACUCUUGCUCCUCACCAGUGUCGCCGUCGUAGAGUUCGCCGCGCGGUCCUUCCAGGAGUAUAGCCCAUGGACAGCCAUCAACGCGCUGAUGAACAUAUUCGUGCUGCACCUCAAGGGCAUUGGGUAUUUUAUCAUGCUGGCGCAGUUCUUCUUCCUUGGCAUCUCGCUGCUGUCGCUGGUGUGGGUGAUCCUGUGCCCCGUGCACAGGAAGCGGGGGGACCCGACGAAGGUGCGGCUCGCCAAUAACUAG